ACUCUCUUUCCCUCAUUCUCACUCAGUGGUGUCACUCAUGAGAACUCUUCACCACGCUCCAACCCUCCUUAGACCACACAGCACAACCCUCCUUCAAUCAACCCAACCCGUACAAAAAAUGGACAAAAUGAUGAACGCCAACAUGCCUCAGUUACGAUCAUCGUCGUCAAUGUCACCACCAUUGACAUCAUUGACCAACAAAGUUGCAAAGAGAUGGAAGGAAUACCAAGGAAUGAACAAUUGGAACGGUAUGUUAGACCCCUUGGACGAGAACCUUCGCGCCGAGAUUCUCCGUUAUGGCCAAUUCGUUGAGGCCGCGUAUAAGUCCUUCGAAUUCGACCCUUCUUCCCCUAACUACGCCACAUGCAAGUUCCCAAAGAGCAUACUCUUUGAAAGGUGCGGGUUACGCAACACCGGUUACAGGGUAACCAAACACCUACGUGCAACCUCGGGGAUCAAAUUACCUAGCUGGGUGGACAAAGCACCGGGUUGGGUGGCAACACAAUCAAGCUACAUUGGGUACGUAGCAGUGUGUCACAACAAAGAAGAGAUCAAACGACUGGGUCGAAGAGACAUUGUUGUCGCAUUCAGAGGUACCACCACGUGUCUUGAGUGGCUCGAAAAUCUUCGAGCCACUCUUACAAACGUGGUUCCAUCUGCUGUAACUGGAAUCACGGCAGCAGAGCCAUGCAGUGUGGAAGAAAACGGAGCCAUGGUGGAAAGUGGCUUCCUGAGUUUGUACACGUCCAAGGUGAGUGACAACCCUUCGUUGAUGAGCUUGCAAGAUAUGGUGAGAAAAGAGAUUGCUCGGAUCCUUAAAACUUACGAAGGAGAAAAUCUGAGUUUGACCAUAACCGGGCACAGUUUGGGGGCGGCACUGGCGACUCUAGCAGCGUAUGACAUAAAAAAGAGUUUUCUCCGGCCACCGCAUGUGACGGUGAUCUCCUUCGGCGGCCCCCGAGUCGGAAACCGGAGCUUUCGGCGGCGGCUGGAGAAGCAGGGGACUAAGGUGUUGCGGAUAGUGAACUCGGAUGAUGUUAUAACCAAGAUACCGGGAUUCGUGUUUGAUGAGGUGGAGAAAAAGGAAGGUGACGUGGAGGACAAUGGAGGUGAACACGUGGCUAGUUUUCAGGGAUGGAUGCGGAAUCGCGUGAAAGAGGUACAGUGGCUGUUGUACUCGGAGAUUGGGGAGGAGCUUCGGCUCUGUAGCAGGGAUUCUCCGUACCUCAGGGGAAUUAACAUUGCCAAGUGUCAUGAUUUGAACAUCUAUCUGCAUCUCGUUGACGGCUUUGUCAGUUCCACAUGUCCCUUUAGGUCCACUGCCAAGAGGUUUCUCCGCCAUUAAAUUUUGUAAACAUUUUUCUGUAAGAAGGACUCUGUAAAUACCAGGGAUGAUUGAAAAUGAAAAAUUGUGAAAAAGAGAGAGCCAAGAAAACUAAAUUUGUGACACGUGGACAUCAUUGUUUGAUAUGAUCAUUUUAAGUGUUCCA